AUGCACACCCCUCCGACUGUUACCAUCCUUCAACAAGAUCCAUCCUCGGUUGCAAAGUCCAUGGCAUCGGUUGACACUGAUCAAGUCAUUCAGCAGAGCCUGGAAGCCCCUGUCUCGAACCUCUUAAAUCCUACCACACCUGUGUUCACCCACUCAGUUCUGAUAUCAGGCUACGAAGCCACUGAAAUCCCAAAUGAUGGCACUUCGGUCUUCUACAUGUCCAAGGACCCUUCCAACACUAAUUGGGGCGACAUGCCAUCAGAGGCUAUCGUCGCCGAGGUAACCACCGUUACUGUUUUACCAGUUCCUAAGUCUUCAGCGACUUUUCAUAGGGAUACCGACCUGAGUAUCUCGGCCCACGGAUCAUUCUCGAGACCUCCAGGUGGCUGGAAUGGCACAAACGCCACCUCCUGGGGCUCCGGAGCUGGUUUAGGAGCUGCGUCAAGCGAAGUACCUGCGUCUACACUCACCCUGACACACACCAUUUACGCCGUCACACAAAGUGUCGUUAUGACUGCAGCACCAACAUUCGGAUCUGGAACCCCUGAUUAUGGAUAUGGCUCACCGGACGUGUGGGUUGAGUAUGACGUUGUCGAGAAGAGACAGACAUGUGUCUGGAUAACCGCUACAAUCGGCGGUCAAGAGGUGGGCUGGUGUAAUAAUUGGGCUGGAGGUUCGACGUUGACUUUCACUUCCUGGGAGACAACUGCUCCCCCUUCCUAUAUACCCGGCAUCAAUACCAUCGGAAAGGCAAGCACAGCUGCCAGCUCCCCUGAUCAGUUAUCUUCAUCUGUCGAUUCAUUUUUCGAAACUUCUUCCACUGUCCCAAUAUAUGGAUCAUCGACUCCCAGUCCCACCGCGUGCGGCGAAGUUGGGCCGUUUCAAAUUGGUUUUGAUGAACUUCCCGUGUUCUCACCAGCUGACAACAAUACAGCACCUUUCCCGCCAAUUUUCAAUCCCUACGACCAUUUCUUCUGGGGUGACGGAUGGGCGUAUGUACCUCCCCCCAACGAGCCUUAUCCACCCCAAUCAGGAAAUCGACUCGCUCAAUUUAUCCCUUCUCAAGCCAACAACAUAACCGGUUCCCCAUACACUGGACUUAUUCCACCGAGCUCAUUGGGUGCAGGCCCUCGCAACUACGAUAAUCGAUAUUGGUUUACUGCAAGCUCUGCCUAUGUGGGCUGUGAUAAUGGCGCCACGAAUUGGAGCACAGUUUGCGAUUUUGUGGCCACUGCUUACCGAUGGGACAAUCCUACAGGGAGUGAAGUGGUGGUUGCAACUCAACAUUUCCGCAUCCCGCCAUGUCCGAAUUUCAAGAAUUGCCAGCUCACGAAGAUCAUAUUCAAUCAUUUGUUCUACAAGUUGAGUACAUUGAGCUUCUACGCCAAUGUUCAGGGGCAAGUCGGUAUCUUCUGGGUAGACAGCCUGGACAUGAAUUGGUACAACAAUACUUGUGCAGCUGGGUUGGCUCGAAUUUCUUCACGAAAGAUUCGGACUUGA